CGAGCCUCGACUCUCUCUACUCACACUCUCUCCCAGUCUCCCCCAUCGCAGUCCUCUUCUUCGCCUAGAUCGCGUUGCUUUGGUGUGCUUCCUGCAUGUGGUUGCUACCUUCCGAGGUUUCUAUUCUGAGUCUCGGCUUGCACCCAAUAUGCUCACACUGCCCUUGUUGGUCGUGGCUUUAUUUUUGCAAGUCAAGUUCCCCUUGCUGCCGGGCCUGAGAGACUUCCUCUACGGCCUCAUCCUCCUCAGUGCGUGCAGCGCGAUUUUCUACCCACCCGACUCCAGGGACUUCAUCAGAUAUACCAAUGCAUUUCUCUCCACCUCCCUGCUCAUCCGCGCUGUGGAACUACUCGUUAUCCGGAACCUCAGCCACGUGAAGCGUCUGCAAAAGGUGUCUUAUUUAUCCUCUUCGCCAUUGUAUGCAUGGGAGCCUCUAUCACCUACACUGGGGCUAAAGCGCUUCCGCCAGGUCUGUGACCUAGCCAUCAAUCCCCGCGCCAUCGGCUGGAGCUACGGCUCUCCCAAGUACCAGCCGCCACUCCGUAAGGUUGAGGCCCCGGACGGUGCAAAUGGGUGCAUCCCCGAAUACCAGAACAUCGCUCUAGUGGCAGGCGGUGACCGCUUCUCAUUCCUGUCGAGCAAAGUCUGUAGGGCUGUCGUCGCCUAUGUCUUAAUAGACUCGUACCAGGCGGCCAUUGGGCGGAAUUAUCCUAGUGCCUGCGAGGGCGUAGCGGCAUUCCUGACUGGUGUGCUGGGCAUCCAAGCAACUUCAGCCACCAGCGAGAUGGUGAUGCAACUGUGCAUUCUCCCAACCGUUAGCUGGAUGAUAUCUUACGCCUUUGUCGAUGGGACCCAUGCCCUUGGGGGCGUGUUCUCAGUCGGUAUCCUGCGGAUCCUUUCUCCUCAGAUCGCCGGAGAACCAUGGAUGUACCCACCUGUAUUCGGCGCCAUGCGAUACAUGUUCACCUUUAGUUUACGAGACAUCUGGGGCAAGAUGUGGCACGACCUCUGCCGGCGGCCAUUUCUGGCCUUAUCCCUAGCUCUUAUCCCAGAAACAUGUCCAGUGGUAUUAAAGCGAUUCCUCGUCGUCUGUAUCUCCUUUGCCGUGUCCGGCAUAGUCCACUCUGCUGGGACUUAUGCCGUUUCGAAGGACUGGUUCGCCGUCGGCAUGAUGAUGUUCUUCUUUUGCAGCUUGCCUUUCUUCAUCGCCGUGCAGCAGAUUAUUUCCGAGCAACUUCUGCCGCGAACACUACCUCGCAACAGUAGCGUCUCUCGAUGCGUGAUCUGGCUUUUUGACGCAGCCUUCAUCAUGGCUUGGGGCCAUUACACCAGCCCCUGGUAUCUCAAAUAUAGCAAACUUCCCGAAGCUAUGGCGUCAAUUCCCCUGCCGUUCAGCUUGUGGAAGAUGUUGCUCAACGUCUAACACCUGUGACUAUAAGAGUUGUUUGAGUUCUCCGGUAGGCUCAAAUUAGAAGGACGGCGCCUAUUGUUUCACCAGAUACCUCACUUCAUUUGCAUUUAGUUUCGUAUAGAGCGAAGGAACGAUACCACACGCAUUAUAUUUCUGUCUGGGCUUGGUUUGAAGCGAUUCAUGUUAGAGGUCAUACGGGAAUACAUUUUCCCUGACUCGGGGAGUGAGGAAGCAUCUUGUUUCAUGUACCUACAUCGGUCCUGCUGCACAUACUGAAGGCACCGAUGUGUGUAUGAGAUCAGCCUAGAGGCGUCCACCAUUCUGUGCACUGCACAAUAUGUCUAUAAUUAUAUAAUGUCAAUAUCCCUGUCCACAUGCUAA